UUUCCAUUGAAACGGAUAACAAAAAUGUAAAAGCAGAGGAAUUUAAGGAGGCUAUUCUUAGUUGCAAGCACAAAUUUUCUAAAGCGAUGAGUUUAAGAAUAGAAUGGAAGAAAAUCCAGUCUCAAGGAGUCUCAUUUGUCUAUUACAAUGGUGAAUUUACAGGCGAUCUUCGAGGCCGGGCAGAGAUGCUUAAUACAGGAAUCCGUAUUAGAAAUGUGACAAGAAAGGAUUCUGGGACCUACCGCUGUGAAAUCAGUGCAAAGAGUGAAGAGGGACAACGCCUGGGAGAGGCUACUAUUACUCUCACAGUAUUGGUUGCUCCAACUACUCCAAUAUGUGAGGUACCCAGCUCUGCAAUGACAGGAACAGUUGUGGAACUGAGCUGUAAGGAGACUGAAGGGUCUCCUCCAUCCGAAUACCAGUGGUACAAGAAUGGUGUUGCCUUGCUGGAAAAGACAGGAACAGGCAGUGCUAGAGCAGCAAACAUAACUUACACCAUGAAUAAAAAGUCUGGCACUCUGCUGUUUAACACAGUUACAAAGAAUGACACAGGAGAGUAUUUCUGUGAAGCCUUCAAUGGGAUUGGAUUAUCUCAGAAAUGCUCAGUGAAGCGAAUGCAAGUUGAUGAUCUUAAUAUAAGUGGCAUCAUCAUUGCUGUAGUAGUUGUGGCUCUGGUAAUGGCACUCUGUGGCCUUGGAGUAUUUUAUGCCCAAAAAAAGGGCUAUUUUGCAAAGGAAAGCUCUUCCCAAAAGACGAACAACUAUCAAUCUUCUAGUGAAAAGGAUUUCAAGCAUACCAAGUCCUUUGUUAUUUAGAAGAUUUCAGCCUCUGUGAGGGACAUCAAAUGACUACUUGUUAUACAAAAGUAUCAAAGGGACCUUUUGACCUCUACUCUGUAAAUAUU